AUGGCUCCGGCUGUCGCAAACGUUGCCUCGGCUAACGGAGAGUUUGGGGAGCAGGAAAAACGUUAUCGCUCGAUGCAGGAGCAUAUAAGACGGGCGCAUCCCGAGCAUUAUAUCUCCAAGCUGCCUGCGACCGAGGAGAGCUUCCAGCUCAUGAUCAGUACCCCGCCAUCCGAACGGCCGCCUCCAACCACCAGCUCGAAUCUGGUUCCCCAGGGUGUGUACGACCUCCGCGCAUCCUGCAGACGGGCUAACAGUGUCGCAGGCUACGGUAACGACCGAAAAUCUCAUUAUGGCGACGACUCGAGUACCCCAAACACGCCCAGGAACCUGGACGAGUACCAAUCUGCGUCCAUGCCGCCAGCCGCUAGCGCUGCGGCAGCCCUGGCACAGCUACACAACCACAAAUUUGAGACAGAAGGGGAGUCGGAAAAUGAUUGGACGUCGGACACCGAACAACACAAACAGGGAAUGCGGUCCUCGAUAGAGCUUCCACCUCUGCAGCAGGGGAACCACCACAGGGAACCUACCAGCGACCCCUUCUCACAUUUCAAUGCCCAUCGUCGGAGGGAACUUCUCCCGUCCAUAUUAUCCACGUCCCCACCCGGUCGGUCUUCAACACUACCGCCCAUUCAGAGAAAUCUCGGAUCCAACCGCCCACGAAAACAAUCCGUUUCAAAACGUGCCCGAGAACCGCAACACAAAAGACAGAAAUCAAAGGGUGAAACUGCUCAUCUGCGAAGAAUGAGCUACGACCGUAAAGCUUACUCUGCUGAACCUUCAAGUGGGCUUGCACCUUCAUAUGGAAAGCGAUGGGAAGAUCUCAUCGACGCUGCAACCUCUGCCACCGAGGAUGCUGAUGACCGGACUCCGGUCCCACCAUCACCAAUUUCAGUAAAUCGAGCAUCACUUCCACCGUUCCCGGCAUCCCAAUUUCAAGGGUAUCAAGCCUCGCCCCUCCAGCAAGCACUCACUCCACCCGCUAAUCUUCCCGACGCACCGGAGCCCUUCCCCUCUGUCGAAAGCGGAGAGAGCGGUGACACGUUCCAUAUCGAUAAUCGUGGUCUCUCGGAUUCAUCGCCCAGCUUUUCAGCCCAAAGUAUCAAGAUAUACUGCGCAGCCUGUCAGGGCGUUUCUCCUUUGAAAGAAUCAUAUGCGUGCACCGAAUGCAUAUGUGGGAUCUGCCAGGCGUGCGUUGAUGUUCUCAUGGCCGAGCAAGGCGCCAGGAGGAAAUGCCCUCGCUGUGCGACCGUUGGCGGCCGGUUCAAACCAUUCCAGUUGGACAUUAGAUGA